AUGUCGAUCGAGAUCUUCGUGAACCCCACAAGUACUGUUGCCAUGAUCUCCAUUUUCUUACUACUCUUCUUCUCUGUUCCUCACACGGUUCUUACCUUAUCAUUCUUUACCCAGCUUCAAUUGCCACCCAAUGUCACAGGCCCUGAGGCCCUUGCCUUUGACCGGCUCGGUGGAGGACCCUACACCGGUGUCUCCGAUGGUAGAGUUCUUAAAUAUGGAGGCCCUAGUGCUGGUUUCACAGAUUUUGCCUACACUACACCAACUAGGUCCAAGGCAGUCUGUGAUGGCACAACCGACCCUAAUUCAGGACCUACCUGUGGAAGGCCGUUGGGGGUGGGAUUCAAUAAUCUGACCGGCCAGCUGUAUAUUGCUGAUGCUUAUUCUGGACUCCUGGUGGUUGGAUCUAAUGGAGGGCUUGCAACCCCAGUAGCCACUACUGCAGAAGGGGUACCCUUUCGCUUCCUUAAUGGUUUGGACGUCGACCAACUCACUGGAAAUGUUUAUUUUACAGACGCAAGUUCAGUCUACGAGCUAAGGGACAUCACACAGGGAGUUGAGAACAAUGAUGCAUCUGGAAGGUUAUUAAAAUAUGACCCCAGUACCAAGCAAGUAACUGUACUGAUAAGAGGGCUUUCUGGGCCAGCUGGGGCUGCAGUUAGUAGAGAUGGUUCGUUUGUACUGGUUUCAGAGUUCAUCGCUAACAGAACACAGAAGUUUUGGCUGAGAGGUCCAAAGGCUAAUACAUCAGAGCUUUUCUUCACCUUUCAGGGCAGGCCUGAUAACAUUAAGACGAGUAUUACAGACACUUUCUGGGUGGCAGUGAACAUCGGAAAGUCUGUGCCGACCACUGUGCCCACCGGACAACGGAUGGACGCCCAUGGCAAUGUUCUUCAAACAGUGAAUUUUGAGGCUGAAUACGGCUCUACUAUGAUCAGUGAAGUACAAGGGCGUGGGGAGAUAUUCUUGUAUGUUGGAUCACGCGAUGCCAGCUAUGUUGGAGUUUAUACCCUAAAAGAUGUCUUGAAAAAAUGACAGUUAAUAAUCUACUAGAAAAUGGCAACUACUACUAAAUAAGUAAUUAAUCACUCUAUGCCAGUUUGUAAUGGGGGUAUGUCAAGUUAUGAACAAUGGCAGCUAAAAAUUACUAGCAACCGCUGAUCAAUAAAAGAUGGUUUUAGUAUAAGAA